AACUAUUAAUUACUAAAAACAUUGUAAAUAAAUUUUUUAAUAGAAAAAUUAAAUAAUUUUACAUAACUAUAUAUUAGUUUAUUAUUAUUCAGUUAUAUUUGCAUAACUGGGCUAUAACAAUAGUAAAAUACGCUGGACAUUGCGAUGAUUUCAUCAUUAUAAGAUUAUUAAAUAAUUUCAUUACUAUAAAUUAUUAUUAUCAUGUUAAUUAUGAUUUCUUUACUAACUUAGACUCUGUACUGUAUUUAGUCAAGUCAUAUCAAUAUUAUUUUUGAUGAGAAACAAUCACGUAAUACAUUAUAAUCUACUAGUUAAGUAUAUUAUAAUUUUAGUUACGAAAUCUCAUACAACAUCAUAAUUGCAUACAUAUUAUCGUAGAAAAUAAUAAAAUAACUAUAAUAGAUUUUUUUAUUAAUACUUGACUAUUAUUAUUUUUACUGACUUUUCUUAAUUGAAGGACACAAUGCAAAACGACCAGUAUAUAUUAGCCAUAGAAAAAGUAUACACCUGCGAUGACUCUAUAGCUCGUUCUUUUGUUAGUAUUCAUUAUACUUAUUCUCCAAAAUUAACAAAUGGAAAUGGAUAUUUGGAGAUUUUAAAAGACGUAAAUUCCAAUGAUAACUAUCAAAUAAGUGGUGAUGUAUAUAAAAAAUCAGAGGAAAAAUGGAUCAAAUACGAGCCCUUAACCCAAAAGAAAACAAAUUUAUGUGUUUAUUUAUUCACAGAUUUAUUGUUUUUUCCAUCAGUUCGCAAAGUUGUUAACCUCCAAGAGCGUUGUCCUUUGAUGCAGGGAAAAUAUCCAUUUCGUAUGGGCAAGAUUUAUACCAAACAUCACCCUACGUUACCAUAUGGUUGUUGGAAAGUUGUUAUAGAUAUUGAGAAGCCAGAAAUAAACAAAGCCGAAAAAAUUUGUUUAGUGUUUAAUUCUGAACAUUUAUUGAAAUCGAACCAUUCAAUGUGUGAAUAAAACAAAAUAAUUAUUAAAUAUAUUAGUGCAUUCAGCAUUUCAUACUAGAACAAAGGAUUUUAAUUUAAAAAAAAUAGAUACGCACUUUAAUACUAAAAAUAAAUAAUGUAAGGUUAACCUUCUAUAAUAUUUCCUGACUUUUGUGAAUGGAUUUAAAAUUUUGCACGAGAAGUAUUAUAUUAUAUUUAUAUAUAAUAUAAUAUUUAUAUUUAACAUUACAGAACUUUUUCAUCCUUUAAGGGUUGAAAUAUGAAUUUUCCUUUAAAAUGUCAUUUAUGUCGUCUAUUCCCAGCUAUUGGAUUUGUUGAUGAAACCUACAGUAAAACUUUGUAACCAAGACUAUUGUAAAAAAAUAAACAAAUACAAAAGAUAUCGCAAAAUAUUUUUUUUUAAUUUGACGAUUAAAACGAGGCAUUUAUUUGCAUUAUACCAAAUAGACAUCAUGUUCACGAAAAAAAAAAUGUAAUAAUUAUUUAUUAACUGUAUUUAAUAAUUAAUUAUUAGUUUAAUUAAUUCAAAACGACUUC